GUUCUUAUUGCAGACAUUAUUCACCAACUACUGUACCUUGAAGUUCAACAAUAACCUCAGGAAGCCUGCAGGAGUCAGCGCACAAUGCCUGUUUCCUUAGAUCCUGGGUCACUGUUUCUAUUGUACUCAUCUAUCAGUGAGUGAACUCAUCUUGAGGUGCGGACUGAACUCCUACAAGGUUUUUAGAAUAUCAAGGGAUUCAGGUGGAUUAUACAUGAAUAACAGGCUGGCCACUGUUGGAAUGAGAAGGCGACUGCAUUGUGUCUGUACAGCAAUGCGUUUGUUCCUGAAGUGUCUCCGACUAGGCCGCAGGCGGCGUUCGAAGCUCUUCCACCGUGUGAGGACCCUCUGGAGCUACAGCAAACUGUGUGUCAACUCACUCGUUUACAACACCUUCACCAACACUGAUGUUGUCCUUGACUCCUUAUUUGAGCCCAUCUAUUGGCUGGUAGAUCAUGUGACCAGGUGGUUUGGAAUGGUGUUUGUGAUCCUGGUCAUUAUUCUAACGACCACCAUUGUGAUGAUUGUCUAUAUUUGUGUGCUGCCGGUCAUCAUGAGUACGUACCCUGUGGGCUGGAUUGCGUGGCACCUUUGCUAUGGGCAUUGGAACCUUAUGCAGAUUGUAUUUCACUACUACAAAGCUGUGCGGACACACCCCGGAUAUCCAACAGAGGGGAAAAGUGACAUUCCAAUGGUUUCAAUCUGCAGGAAGUGUAUUAAUCCCAAACCAGCUCGUACCCAUCACUGCAGCAUAUGUAAUCGAUGUAUAUUGAAGAUGGAUCAUCAUUGUCCUUGGCUGAAUAACUGUGUGGGCCAUUUUAACCAUCGAUACUUCUUCUCCUUCUGCCUAUUUAUGACACUGGGCUGUGUGUACUGUAGUGUGAGCAGCAGGGAGUUGUUUGUAGAUGCAUAUUUCACCAUCAACACGGCCACAGAGACUACAGCUCCAACCAUAUCCUUCCGAGAAAAAAUUUUCCACAAGUGUAUAAUUUAUCUCUGGGUUCUCUGCAGUUCUGUAGCCCUGGCUCUCAGUGGCCUCACCAUAUGGCACACUGUCCUCAUUCUCUGCGGGGAGACCAGCAUUGAGAGACACAUCAACAAGAAGGAACGGCAGAGGCAGCAGAAGAAAGGCAGAAUUUUCAGGAAUCCCUAUCAUGCUGGAAAACUGAACAACUUGAAAUUAUUUCUCGGGAUAGAAAAACGAAGUCACUGGAUUACUCGCCUACUGCUCCCCUCGUCACACCUACCUUAUGGAAAUGGUAUGACAUGGACACUGCCAUCAGCCUUCAGUGUGGAUAAGGCCAUACUGGCGAUUUGAGGAAUGACAAAAGAGACAUCUGACGAAAGACAUCAAAAAGGCUUUUUUGUUUGCCUGGAGGAAAAGAACUAAUAGCUUCACGCUUCCCUGUGUAUCCUGGGUCUGAUAACAGAUACAAAUUUUCGAACGGGAAAACUCAAAUGAUCCGUGGUGAUCGGUUGGUGCUCCGUGCAUUCAAAGGCAAUAAUUACAGAGUCAAUGAAGCAAUAAAACACCCGAGCAGAUGUGACGGGAGUAAAUUUCCUUGACUAAUGGUUAUGCUCAUGCCACAAAGCUGUGCUUCCUUGGAUGGGCAUUAUCAGGGACAUUUUUUUGAACAUAAAGGUUUAAGGACUGUGUUUUAUAAAAACUGUAAAUGAUUAUUGUAUAAUGAUUGCUUUCUUUGUUAACUUUGGGUGAUGUUGAAACUGGCAAUAACUUCUGAGUGGCCCAGAGGGUGAAGGGGUGCCCACACCUGAUCUCAGCAGACUUCUCCCCAAAACCCCAGUGGACCAACCCCUUCCCCAUCACUCUCUUACAGUAAGAUUCUAAUGAAUUAAAACCCUUUAGUGGAAGAAAUUGUAGCUAGUCUUUAAAAAGCUUUCAGGUUGUGUGGUGGCUGGAG